AUGGAAGGCGGCGGGGAUGGUAAGGAAAAGCCUGGUAAGGACAAACCUGGUGAGGGCGGAGGCAAAGGCGGUGGUGAAUGUAAAGGUGGUGGUGAAGGCGGAGGGAAGGGUGGAGACGGUGACGGAAAGGGCGGACCUGGUGGCGGCGGCGGCGGCGGCGGCGGCGGCGGUGGUGGUGGUGAAGGAGGAGGAGGAGGAGGAGGGAAGGGCGAAGGGGGAGGUAAAGGAGGCGGCAAAGGAGGCGGGGGCAUGAUGAACUGCAAGUCGUUCCAUUUCAAGUCCAAAGGUUCCGUUUCCGGCGCUAUCGGACAACUGGACAGCGGACAACUAAGAAUUGGCCUUGAACCGGUCAAGUUGAAGAUGGAAAAGGGACAAGUAAUGGACAAAAAAGAUCGUGGCUGUUGGUGGACUCCUCCGACUGAGACUUUGCAAUGCGACGUGGGCCAGAAGCCUGACUCCGGUUUUGAGGUGGGAUGUGAUGGUCGGGUUACUUUCAAGAACCAGACGAAGUUCUUCCAGUGUGAGGCUGAGAAGCAGCAGUACAACGUGUAUAAAAAGGCCGAUCAAGGCGCCAACUGCGCUGAAGUCAUGCUUUAUGCCGUUGGCUGCGGCGGUGAAGGAGGUGGAAAAGGGGGCGGAGAGGGAGGCGGGAAAGGCGGAGGCGAGGGAGGAGGUAAGGGUGGAGGUGAGGGAGGUGGAAAAGGCGGAGGAGGUGGCAUGGGAGGUUCUAACAACGGAACGUCCAGCAACGGGACAUCGAGCAAUGGGACAUCCACGCCACCUCCAGCGAUCCAACCCAAGUAA